UUUCCUCCUCCGCCCGCCCUCUCGUUCAAGUUUGUCCCUCUGCGCGAUCCGUUUGUCGUCCGAAGAGAGGAGGAAAAAAAGAAAAAGAAAAAGGCGAAGACCGAGAGCGACGCUUGCAGCUGAUGUACCGCUGGCUCAGAAAUGGAGGGCGACACCACUCUCCGGAGAAUAAAACCCUUCGGGACUCAACAAUACGUCGCUCAGGAUAAUAACGGAGCCCAGGACCGCUGCGAGAACAACGGCUACAACGGUGAGCCGAAGAGGAAGCCUGAAGUGAACCUUUACCUGCUGCGAGAAGGGCUCGCAGCUUCCCUGGUCUCUGUGUUUAUUUUGGUGCUGUGGGCACUCGUUCACUUGUCUUUGCAGCAGCUUGUCAUUGGAAAACCGACGGGCGAGUUCAACGCAGUGAGAGCCAGGCAGCACUUGGAGCAGAUUACUAGUGCUGGCCCUCGGCCUGUGGGCAGCCAGGAGAAUGAGGUCCUGACUGUGGGAUACCUGUUGAAGCAAAUCGAGGACAUCCAGGUCGAGACCGCCGCAGGGCCUCAUCAACUCACGAUUGAUAUUCAGCGUCCCACUGGGACCUUCUCCAUUGAUUUCCUCGGAGGCUUCACUAGCUUCUAUGAUCACAUCACCAACAUUGCCGUUAGGCUGGAGCCCAAGGGUGGUGCGCAGCACCUCAUGCUUGCCAACUGCCACUUUGACACAGUGGCCAACAGUCCAGGUGCCAGUGAUGAUGCAGUGAGCUGUGCAGUGAUGCUGGAAGUCCUCCAUUCUCUGGCCAACCAGUCAACCCCUCUUAACCACGGCGUCAUCUUCCUGUUUAACGGGGCAGAGGAAAAUGUACUGCAGGCCAGUCAUGGUUUCAUUACCCAGCACCCAUGGGCCAAGCAGGUGCGAGCCUUCAUUAAUUUGGAGGCUGCAGGUGUUGGUGGCAAGGAGGUUGUUUUCCAGACAGGUCCAGAGAACCCGUGGCUGGUCCAAGCCUACGUGCAUGCAGCCAAACACCCCUUCGCCUCUGUGGUCGGCCAGGAGGUCUUUCAGAGUGGUGUCAUUCCCUCAGAUACGGACUUCCGCAUAUUUAGGGACUUUGGUAACAUCCCAGGCAUUGAUCUGGCUUUCAUUGAAAACGGCUUCAUCUACCACACCAAGUACGAUACAGCUAACAGGAUCCUAACAGACUCGAUACAGAGAGCGGGUGACAACAUCCUGGCCGUUCUGAAGUAUCUGGCAAUGUCAGAAAAGUUGGCUGAUUCCUCAGAGUACCGCCAUGGCAAUAUGGUGUUUUUUGACCUGCUAGGUGUAAUUGUGGUAGCUUACCCAGCUCGUGUUGGCACUAUCCUCAACUACAUGGUGGCCACAGCUACGUUCCUCUACCUGGCCAAGAAAGCCUCAAUGCCUGGCCAUGGAGGUGGGCGCUAUGUUCGAGACCUGGCCUGCGCCACAGGUGUAGCAUUGCUCAGCUGGUUUGUCACCCUGUUGUCGGUGCUGAUUGUGGCCCUGCUUGUCACUCUGUUGGGCCGCUCCAUGUUUUGGUACAACCACUUCUAUGCCUCAGUCUGCCUGUAUGGAGCUGCAGCCACUGGCAAGAUGAUACUCAUACACACAUUGGCCAAGAACCUGUACUACGGGGGCGUCCGCCUGGUAGAGCUGGGUGACCUUUACUUUGACGUGAGCUUGCUGCUGUGGUGCUGCAGCCUGGUGUGGUUGACCCAACAUGGCCUGUGUUCAGCCUACGCGCCCAUGCUUAUGGUGGCUUUCCCCCUGGCCACCAGACUGCUGCUGGCAAAAGAAUUCAAACACAGAGGAGCAUCAGCGAAGUACUGCGUGCUGUACCUGCUGGGCCUGGCGUUGCCAUAUGUGCACUUCAUGUUUCUCAUCUGGGUGGUGUUUGAGAUUUUCACUCCCAUCAUGGGGCGGAGUGGCACAGAGAUACCCCCCGAGGUGGUGCUGGCCUCCUUAGUCACUCUGGCAACCAUCUUCCUCUCCUCCUUUUUUCUGCAUUUUAUCUACUUGGUGCGGAGCACUAAGCGGAUCAUGGCAGGUCUUGGGUUCGUCUUCACCAUCAUGUUCCUGUUGGUGUCCUGUGGCCUCUUCUUUCCUUAUUCGGGCGAUCUAGACAGUCCGCGGCCAAAGAGAGUUUUCCUGCAGCAUACAACACGGACCUUCCACAAUCUCCAGGGCCAAGUGGAGAGCCGAGACUCAGGUCUGUGGAUAAACAGCUUUGACUACACGGGCAUACAGCACAUCACACCCCACAUCCCCGAGAUCAACGAAACGGUUCGGACCCGCUGCAGAGAGGACCGACCUUUCUGUGGUUAUCCCUGGUUCCUGCCUGUCAAGUUCCUCAGCAGGAAGAACUGGUACCUCCCCACUCCGGAAGUGUCUCCGAGCUCUCCGGUGGAGUUCAGCCUGCUGUCCAAAGAAGAGACGAGCUGGGGAACGAUCAAGAUGACAUUCAGUGCGAAAGGCCCGAGCCACAUGUCUUUGUAUCUAAUGCCUCAUCGAGGAGCCAGCCUGUCUACCUGGUCCUUCGGUGACGGGACGCCUCGAUUUGACCUGAGUGGAGAAUAUUUUAUCUUCUAUUCACAUGGCCUUGACGCCCCCACAUGGACCUUCUGGUUUGAAAUACAGCCUCCCGCAGACCCUGACCCAUCUGGCCCCGAGGGGAUCGUCUCAGUCGCCAUCUCCUCCCACUAUUUCUUUGGGAAAGACCAGAGGACUGCUCAGUUGGAGGAAAUGCUUCACAGGUUCCCCACGUGGGCUUUUCCCUCUUCCUGGGUCAGUACCUAUGACAUGUACCGAUACUGAGGAUGUCACACAUCCCACGAGGCUGCUGCAGAGGAGAGCUUUGGCCCACCGGGCUCCUCGAGACAGAUGUAGAAGAGAUUACAAGGAACAAUACAGAGGAGCGACCCCGCUGCCUUUUCACUCAAACUGUAACACACACAACACAUGCGAGCUCCACCCCAGCCAGCCUGAGAGACCCCCACCACUGUGUCAGUAGGCACUGUAGUUAACCAAGGAGAGAUGCUUGGUGCUGUGCUCACUCCCGGGUUAGUGAAAGGAAGGGGUUAGUUGUUUUUUUUUCUGUUCUCUACUUGUUCGAUCGUGCCUUUUGCUUUACUCGCUGUAACUCGCUUUUCCUUUCGCUCACAUCCACCCCCGCUCUUCCUCACUAACGCCAGUGCUCCUCCCGAACAACUAACACCGCACGGCUACCUCCACUGCUCUUUAUCAGCAAAACCACUCUGGACAUUGUCAUAUUAAAUGUGUCUACCAACCGCUCCGUGCAUCGUAGGGUGCAAUAACACAUGAUGAAUGAGUUCAACCUGUUCUCUCCUCCUCUGAAGUUAACUGGAUACUUUGAAAGUCACUUGUCAUUAACCUGCUCUUGUUUUAAUAGUUUUUGAUUUACUGACUUGCCCUUCUUUACUAAGACCACUCAUUUAUUUUUUUUUUUUAAUUUUUGGAGCCACGCGUUUUAACGAGGAAUGUAACACCUGCUUAAACUGUCGGAGGACAUGGCGUGCAGACAGAAAACUGUGUUAAAUGAAAACAGAUGUCUGAAUUCAAGCUGUUCUGGAAGUGGUGGUUAAAUCUGGAGGGCAGUGUAAUUUCACUUGACGUGUUUAUGCAGUUUAAUUUUGUUUUAGGGUUUAAAAUUGUUCAGGAUUACCCCCCACCCCAGUCCACAGGGGGGUGUACCUUUGCAUCCGUUUCACAUUUGUUCUUACUGUAGUAAUAACUGCACUUUUUUUUUUUUUUUUUUUUAAGAGCAAGGAAAAAAAAAAGGAAAACUUGACUAUGCUUCCAGCCGUCUCCAGCAGUGACUAACAAAUCUUUUGCUUCAUUGAUUUUCAAAUGUGAUCCUCUGCUUUUGUUUAUUGCAUCUGUAAGCAAAAGAAAUGCCUUCCCGGGUCGUGGGUCAGACAAUUUAAGGCGUCUGAAAACCUCGGGAAUCUGGGAUUGGCUUUUAUUCCCACUUUUUGAUUUUCCCUUUCUUGAAUGUAAAAUCAGCUGCUGGAGAGGGCUCAGUUUUAUUUGUGCUGUUGUUUUUUCUGUAGCUCACAUCCACAGUCUGCUUCACAUGGUACCAUCACUACCUCCGGACUGAUCAAACUCAACACCGAGAUAACAGUUUCAGAUUGAAUGUUACUGUGGGAAAGCUUUAGAGGAGAUUUAGCUAACAAAAGUUAACUAAUGUUGAAAAGGUUUAUAAAGUGUCACCAUGCUUAUCUGUGGGCUACAUCCAUUUAUAGAUGUCCAUAUCUGUGUUUUCAGAAAGUCUGACUUCCCUGCGUCCCCAGGUUUGACUCCUCUUUAAAGGAGUCAAAGGUGGAAUCGGGUUGUUGACUAAUGAAGCAAAAGUCUUUCGUCCGCCUCGAGUCUAGCUAGCGAGGUGUCACCGUGAACCACGUUGUCUGUUUGCCACAAAACGAGAAAUCACAAUGAAAGGAGGCCUUAAAGUUUUGCUUCCAAAGACGCACAAAACGUUUACUGUUGUGGACACAAACAUCUCAGUGGUCUUAAAAGCUAUCAAGUGCCACACUGCAAAGCAUUUUCAUGCCCGUGGAUUGUUAACAUCCAUCACAGCCUUCAGCAGAUUGUCCCACUGUGCUUUUUUUUUGAAAGUCAAACUAUUUUAAAGUCAUAAAAUUCAUAUUGAGCCACUCUGUAGCUAUUCUGGAGUUAUAUCUCAGCACGUGAGUGGAGUUUGUGUUCGUGUCGCCUCACAGGUCAGAUCAAAUGAUAAAAGACUUCUUUUUACUGGUUUCAUAGCAAUGAAAAAAAAUUUCAGUCUUAACUUUGACGACAGGCACUUGAAGCGCUUUGACUCCACCUGCUGAGGAAGCCCGUGUGAUGCAGGCGAGAGCGCCUGCUUGGACUUUUUCACCUCAUCAGCUGAUUCCUGCAAAGAUCAGCGAGACCUCAGUGCUCCUUCAAAAGGACAAAGAUUUAAUCAAAUUAGAUUUUUGCUUGGUGGUGAUGUAGUUUUUGCUCUCACUAAAGUACCAUGCCUAUAUACAUUUUGGUUUUUUGCCAUUUACCUCAUAACGUUCAUCACCUCACCCCUCUGAUGAGUAAACAUGACAUGCUGUUCACAUUUUGGGUGUCUGCAGUUUGAGUGCGGCACUAAAACCUGGGAGGAAAAAAAAAAGUCCAGUCUUUUCUGAUCUGUCCACUGACGGCCGACUCUGUACUUGAUCCUGCUGCUCCAGACUGAAAGAUGGAUUUUUUUUUUCUUUACUAGGACCAGUAAAAAGUCUCAUUUUGUCCUGAGCAGGUACUGCUGUAAUAGAGGGGCAGAGCGGGGAAAGGCUGAGAAAUGGCUCACCCUACACUGCUGUUGCUCCCAGUGUUCGAGAGCUUCAUACGCACUCCUUUUCAGAUGUGAGUGAUUUGAAUUUACUAUGCGUUACUAAUGUGUUAGUGUGAGCUAGUGUAGGCUGAGAGGCUGACGGGCACUGCACUGAACGUUUUUGGUGAGCGUGAGUUCAGACUUUGGACUUUAUCUUCUUCACACAUAACAGUCUAGGUAGAAGUCCAUAUCAAGUCAAGAAAUACGUUCUUUAACUGUGGGAUACUUUUAAAUAUCUUAAUGUGAUAUCUAAAAAUAUUACAUUUGAAGUUUUGGGGUUUUUCUUUCUUUAAAUUGACCUUUCAUCCACAUCUGUAACUGUUAGUUUUGUUCUUAGAGUUGAUUUCUAACAAGAAUGAUUUUUUUUUUUUUUUUUAGCGACCGUCACAUAACCGUUAACCUUCUUCCUUGAAGUUUUUUGUUUUCUUAGUUGGAACUGUUGACUGUUGAGCUUUGGAUUAUUGGGUCUGGUUAACAGGGUAUCCAUGUAUUCAAUUUACGGGAUGAUUUCACAUUAUGCAAAAAGUUUGAAUUAAUUUAACACUUGUACAGCAAUUAAAAAGCUUCUUACGUUUAA